AUGUCAUCUCAGAGAGAAGAAAUGAUUCUCUCCGAUAUUCUCAAGUGCUUUCGAGCGCCUUUGAGUGAAGAACAAGCUUGGGCUGUGUGUUAUCAAAGCACUAAGGAGCUGAUCGCCAUUCAGAAAGAGAGCUUUGGGGCAUUAAGACAGCAAAAAAUCGACAUUCAACUGUCGACGAUUGAAAUUCGCAAAGACGGUAGUGUUUUCUUCACUAAGAUAGACGAAUCGAACACGGUUCAACGAGAGUCUGCUGUCCUUUUCGACUUGGGAAGCGUUGUUUAUGAGUGCCUAGACUACGGUAUGGAGGCGUUUGUAGAGCGUGAACUCGACGAAGAACUCGAAAAACUCAUUGUGGACAUGACCAACUGUGAUCACAUUGGUGAAGGGGUUUUGAUUCCAGACAACUUGAGCUUUGAUCUACCGAGCCCUCGCGGAAGGUUGAUAUCGAAAAAUGAAAGUGAUUGCUCCGAAAAGGUUCAAGAAAUCAUGAGCUGUGAUAUCACGCUGGAUGCUGUUUUGAAUCGCUGUGCUAACCACCUGCCCAAGGACAUUAUCGACCCAGGUGAACAUUUCCGCGCAGUGAGUCGAGCGCUUGUCAGCGAAGCAGUGGAAUUGUCAGCAUUUCUUCACCAACUCUGCAAUGGACGCGCUCUUGUCGCUCAAACAUGGGGACGUGGAGUAGGACCGACAAAUUGGGCGUUCUUACAAAGCUUACAAGCGGCAGAGUGGGCCCAGUUAUGGCUGCAAGUCAUGAAAGAACUGCGACAGGGGGUGAGCUUACGGCGUGUUGAUCAAGCCAAAUUACCGCUCGUCACAUACGAGCUGUCGCCUUACGAGAUUCUCCUCCAGGACAUUCGGAACAAACGCCACACUUUGAACCACGUCGACAUCAAUGCCAUGGUGAAAAAAGACGCCCACGAUGUCAUUCUGGAGUUCAUUCGAUCCAGACCGCCGUUAUCGAAGGUGAGCCUUCGUAAGAUGAAGCAAUAUCCGAAGAAAAGUCCGAGCCAGUUUGAUAAGUUAUUAAAUGAGAUCCGAUCACAGCCGAAGUUGAGGCCUGCACCUCGACCAGCCUUAAAGAGCGUGAGAGAAAUCUACUUUGAGGAGAAGACUGGCGUUCCCUUAAACGAGACGGAUAUAGCACCACCUAAACGCAAAUGCCUCAAACCAACAAUCAAAUUGACUGAGUUGAUCAAUCGCUGGGAUUCCUCGUCUACUGUGGAGAUAGACCCAUCACCGACCAUUAGCCGAUCGGAAACACCACAAGUCACAAUAGCUGAUGAGGAAGAUAUCAACGAAGACAACUUCCUAAGCAAACCCGAAGAGAUUUUUGGAAACGUGACUAGGAGGGUUAGUAACUCGAGUGAUUCUAGCUUUUUGUCGCUCGAUGACGAGGACUGCAUCAAGAACAGAAGUUUCGCCAGCUUUGAAAUGAGCGACCCCGAAUGUGAGCCAGUGUUUCCACCGUCUCUCUACAACCUCCGUAACCUCGCCAUUACGUCUAAGAUCUACAUGACCCUCAAGGAAGUGAAGCACGUACGUAAGACGUUAGCUUCGUUAGAUUUGGGUGCCCUGGACCCCGAAGAAAAGCUCUACAAAGAUUUAGCCCAUGGGAGGCUGUGUUUUUGCUGUCAGUCCAGGAAAUUCUCCUUAUUUGGAAAGUGGUCGCGUGUUUGUGAAAUCUGCGAACGUAAGGUCUGUGACUCUUGCAUCCAUGUCAUGGAAUCUUCAUCUAGCUAUAUUUUCCAAGAAGAGGUAAAUUUGAACCAAAGAGAUUCCGGAAUCGCUGACAUGUCCUGGCCAUUUGUUGGUUACCUAAGCUCAGGCGGAGAGUCUGACAACGGAAAAUCGCGCAAGGUUUGCCUUGCUUGCAAACGAUUCAUAACUAUGCAUUGCUAAUUAUUUGAUUCUAAAACUUAUGGGUUGUAUAUGGAAACCUGGUGACAUAGUGUUAUCUAGAAAUUACUAGAUUCGCGACAGGGUAAUUUAAAAUGUUUAUUUUGACCUCGUUAUAAAAUAUUUAAAUAUCUGAAAAACUAUACAGAAAAAUUGGAAUUCGACGACGCAGCUAAUGCUUUGAGCUUUCAUUUUGUCAAGGAGUCUCGCAAUCGAUAG